UGAAGAACAUAUAGAAAUUAGAACAACUAUCAGUCAACAUGAAAGUCACAAUCUUUAAUACGAAUGUCAAGACAAUUCUACUGUAUGGAACUGAAAUUCCGAGAACUACUACAAACAACAUCACAAGUUACAAGUAUUUAUGAACAAUUGUCUACGCAAGAUACUCAAUGUCCAUUGACUGGAUAGCAUCAGUAACAGUUUAUUGUGAGAGAGAAGAAACUAGCUUUCAAUUGAAGAGGAAAUUAGGAAAAGACGUUGGAAGUGGAUAUGACAUACAUUGAGAAAAUCACUUAACUGCAUCACAAUGCAAUCACUAAAUUGAAAUCUUGAAUGGAAAAGGGAAAGAGGAGGACUAAGUACAUAUUUUGUCAGGAAUUGGGAGAAGAUAUGGAAAGAAUAAAUAGCAACUGGAAAAAAUUGCAAAGAAUUGUUUAGGCUGGUCUAGGUUCCUCCACGUGGAGUAACAUGGGAAUGAUAUGAAUAUUGGAAAAAAAAGAACAGAAGACCUAUGAAAAUUCUAAAUUCACUUGGUAUUAUUUACUUGAAUCUUCCCAUUGAUGCUUUUAGGACUGCAAUUGAUCAGUCUUUUAUUGGCAAUAUGUACAUACUGUGAGUAGUGCCUCGAUGUAGCCUUAAUUCAAAAGCAUUAUAAGCAUUGAUGGAUAGUGGUUAGCAGUGGAAUCCAGUUUGAUGCACGUUUCGUCCUAUUCUAGGACCUACAUCUUAGAGUUGAUGUUCACUCUUGAACUCAAACCCAUUACCACUCACUUCAAACGCCAUCGAAUUAUCCACUUAGCUAUUGAGUCCUAAUAGCCACUUGCUUGUGCUUGUGUACCUGAAAUGCAAGUACAUUCAGCUGACGAGUCCCAAAUAGGACGAAACACGCGUCUUGGAUCUCACUGCUAGUUAUUAUCCAUUUUUGCUUAUAAAAAUUCAAGUUGUGUAAUAUGAUUGAUGGUUUUAGGUUAAUUUCAACUAAAAUGUACUUUGAACAACCUGUUUUCUAUGUUUUGAAUUAUGUGAAUUGUUUUAAUCGUUAUUAUUGUUCUAUGAAAAUAAACUUUGUUAUUUUCAGUUAUAAGUUACUAUAAAACAUUAUACUUUAUGAGUGUUUUCGUAUAAGAUAAAGAUUAAGAUUCGGUCUUUUUUUAUUACUUUAAAUCAACUAUUGAAAUAUGCAUCAUCAUUUAUCUCUAGUUCUUUUUAUUCUAUUAACCAUAGUGAGUAUUAAACAAACCAAUGGAAUACCAAGUGUUUAUUCAGUUUGUGCAAAUUUAACCCAAAGGUGUGAACCACUUUAUCCAUGUUGUUCACCAAAUCUUUGUCAAGUAAUAAGUUCUGGAAUUGGUACGUGUGUAAAAUGUUUUGAACCAGAAGUUGAUUGUCAAUAUAAUCAUGAAUGUUGUAGUGGUCUCUGUUAUAAACAUUCUUGUACAUUUUUAUCACCAAACUAGCUUAUGUUACAUACAUGUCGUAUCAUAUCGUUUACAAUAAAAAAGAUAUAAUGAUUUAAAAUGUUCUCCAAUUGUUUGAUUACUUUCGACAUAACUAUAAUGACUGGUUAAUAGUUUUCUGAUAUAAAAGAAUAAUUGCACAUUAAUUAAUUUUAUGUUGUAAAUAGUCGUUUAUAUUCAACUUGUACUGUAUGCAAUAAUUCCGACAUAAUUAUUAGAUUCAGUUCGGUAUCAUUUACUAGUACCAUUUAUUAAUGAGAAAACUUAGAGUUCAUAGACCACAAAGUAU